AGAGGUUUGGCUGGAACGUGAACUGCCCUAAUGUGAGUCUGGCGAGAGCUCUGAUCCAUGAAUGGGUGGAUUGUUUUGUUUUGUUUCUUUCGGUUUCAUUCAAUCCGGAACCAAACAAACCACACCGAUCAACGACAAGAUGCCAACGGGAACGAAGCGAAAGGCCCCUCGACUAGUCACUAUCGACCCAAGUCAACUCACAGCCAUCCGGAGCACUACGACGAGCAACAGCAAUAGCAAGAAAUCAAAACUCAAACCACUCGAAUCUCAUUUCAACCCAUUCCAGAAGAGUACAAGGAACUCACAGGAUGGACAGAAGGAUAAACAAACUCAGACAUCCUCGAUUCCAGACAACCCCAGCCACGCGAAUGGAAUGUUGUGGUCCGACAAGUUCACGCCUUCUGACCCCUCCCAGCUAGCCGUCCAUCCGAAAAAAUUGGCCUUGAUUCAUACCUGGCUGAACGACGCGCUUCACGGCGGUUCCCAUACGCGCAAGUAUCGCAGGCUGCUUAUCCUCGCUGGCCCCGCAGGAUGCGGAAAGAGUACCAUCAUCCACACCCUCGCUGAACCGGCCCUGCAGACCCACGCACCUGGCCCAUCAGCCGCUGCAUCCGCUAAUAGGUCCUCAAAGUCAAAUAAUUCUAAGACAGUUUCUGCGCCAUCCGUAGAGGGAAUCGGUUAUGAAAUACUCGAGUGGAAAAAUACGGGAAACGAAUCAAGCGUAUCCAAACCGCAAGAGUUCAGUCUAUGGCUCAUGAGAGCCAGUGCAGGGCCGACCCUAUCAUUCGAGGACACCGAGGAGGAAUCGAUUGACGUCUCCUUACCAUCGACGAGUGAUCAGGUUGAGUCGGAUGAGAAGAGGAGAACGAAGCUGCCAACGUUGCUGCUAGUGGAUGAUCUUCCAAACCUAUCCCACAGCGAGACGGGGCGGAUCUUCACCAACGCGAUACGACAGCACCUGAACAGUCCACGCGUCUCGACGCCACCGCUGGUGCUCAUCGUUUCGGACACGACGGUCACGCCGGGUGCGAAUGGACUCGAGGAAUCGUUUGGGGGCCGUUCGGGCGGGUUCUCGGGCGCCGAAGACCGCGGCAUGAAUGUCCACACCCUCCUCCCCUCUGACAUCCUCCAUCACCCCGCUACCUGUCUCCUUAAACUUUUGCCCGUCAAUAACACCCUCAUGAAGAAAUUACUCGCCAGAAUUGCCCAAAGCGCCCCUACUCCUUCCUUCAAUCCUGGUCCAAAACAUUUCGACUUGGUCGUUGAGGCUUCCAACGGUGACCUUCGAGCCGCAUUGAAUAAUUUGCAACUCUUCUUCACUUUACCGACCCCUAAGAUGGAGAACGUAGGAGGAAAAUCUAAAAGGAAUUUACCACUGGCUGACGCCUCGUCUCUCUUCAACAGGCAAUUGUUGAGUUCUCGAGACGAGUCAUUGGUUAUCUUCCAUAGUCUAGGGAAAAUCCUCUACAACAAACGAUGGGGAGAUGAUGCAAAAGAAGAUGCAAAAGACAAGCGGGUACGAGGCCCCAAACCGGAUCCCUUGCCGGCCUUCUGGGCCGCAUACAACCGUCGCCAGACGAAGACCGACAUCGAUAGAUUAUAUUCCGAUCUGAGUGUGUCAGUAGAUCAGUUUGUCGUCUACUUGCACCAGAACUAUCCCCCGUUUACGGACACGAUCGACGAGGCCUCAUUUUUCCUCGAGUAUCUGAGCUUCUCGGACUCGACGAUGUCCUCUAAAGACCAGAAUCGAUACAGCCAAGCCUCGAUGAUAAGUUUCUACAACUUCCAUCUCGCCGCCCGUGCCAUCUUGCUUGGCCUUCCCUCUCCCGUCACGCGCCGGGGCCAGAAAUUCUUCAAACCCGCCCUCUGGGGCCAUCUCCGACAAGUCAACGAGAACGCCGCUCUUGUAGACUCGGCGCGCGACCAGCCCGGCCUGCUCGCUCGCCUUCGGCCGAACAAGACUCAACUGGACGAAGAGAUGAACGAUGAUCAAGAGGGACAUCGUCAUCCAAGAGAUCUCACAUCCGGCCCAACUCCUUCAGUUUUGAACGCCCCUAAGAAAGUCUUAGCUGUAGAGAUCUUGCCCUUCUUGAGCAUGAUCGCAUCUUCUCAGGGCCACAAAGCUACGUCAGAUAGCAUGAACGACGAGCUGCUCGAUCGUUUCUCUACGUUUGUCUAUCCGAAUGCGCGCGAUGCCCAGGUUGAGGGCCUGCUCUCGGAGGACGACGUGCCUGAGCCUGACCUCUCCCCCGCCGACCUUCCCUCCGUUAACCAUCUUCCGCCCAGACCGGAGCCUCCCCUCCGUCACAACCCACUUGGUAUUGUUGGCCAGGAAGCACUUCAGGAAGAAGAGGAUGAGAUGCUGUGGUUCGAGGAAGAGGACGACAUUGAAGAUUAG